UUUCCUAUUCGCCACGCCCCUCUCCACGUCAACAACACCGAAAGGAAGGUCCCCGUGCCAAAAGACGACCUCGACGACGACGACGACCUGUAGUACACUAGCAGACAUACGACCCCAUAUAGACAUCUUCACACCUCUCUCUCUCCCCUCCUCUUCUCUUCCCUCGCUUCUCCUCUACCUGGUGAUCCGUCCAGUAUCUCCAGGUCGACACCCGUUCGAAUGCGAUGUCCAUCAGACGCAGGCCGAAGCUCGGCGCGCGCGCACCCCUCUCGAUCUUGUUGGGGAACGUCCCGGACGCUGUCGACUAUAUCUUUGAAUCGACCGACGAGGGGCAUAAACAACUCUCGGCACUCGGAGUAGAGAGGGAGGAGAGUAAUGAGCACCACUUGCAAGCCGCUCUCUCGCAUACCAAUGUCAUCCACAACCGGGAGAACCGAGCCCCUUCCCCUUCCUUUGCCCGAGCCGCCGCCAAACCCGCUACCCAACCCCUCCCAGCAUACUUUAUUCCCACACCCGAUGCCAACGGUCAGGCGGACGACUACGACUCGCUCUUGCCCGCCGGUAGGGUGGAUUGGUCGGACCCGAAAGAAUUGAUCAAGUUUUCGGAAAAGGUCGAGGAAUGUUGUUAUGGCUGGGGAGGACUCAACUAUGAGAUGGACGAUGCCGAUGUCGAGUGGUUGAGAACGUUCAAUGGCAAGGAAGAGGGCAGCAGUGCGGAUGGCGCGGCAGGUUCGGCGAGCGCUGGAAGGUCUGCACGUCAGGCGUCCAGUUCGGCAGGUUCGAAUGCAAAGGGCAAGGAAAAGGACGCCCAGUCCGGCUCGGGUUCGUCUUCAGGGCCCAUGAGGAUCGCUGAAGACGUGUUUGAAUACGUUAUGGGAAUGCUGGAGUUGUGGACGGAAAAGAACGUGCCCAUGCUGCAUACCGACCUGUCCCUCUUGCCGCCCUUGGUCAGCAUCGAGCCGGUGUUCAAGACCACCCCGCCCGCUUCCUAUUUCCCAUCGUUCGAACGACCUCUGGGUUUGCCAGCGCCGAGCUUGUUGGUCAAGAUGGCCAGUCGGAUCUACCCCCACUGGAAGUCGAGGAAAGAACAGCGCAAGGGGAGGAGCAUCAUCCCGCAACUCAACUUUGACGAGGCCAACGAGUCGGACCCGUACUUGUGUUUCCGAAGACGAGACUUGAAGGUACAGAGAAAGACGAGGAUCAAGGACACCACCCCUGUCAAUCGGCUCGAACAGGUUCAGACCGAGUUGACUCAGGCGACGUUCUUGGUCAACAUGGUCUUGUUGCGGGAAAAGGAGAAGCAGCGCGCCAUCCGGGCCGAGCGAGAGGUCUGGGACGCGCGAUGGAACCUGCUCGACGUCAAGCGGAAGAACCCGACGUUGCCACCGAUGACGCAAGAGGAAGAGACGUUCUUGUUCCCUCAUCGAAAUUUGUCGUCAGUGAAUGGGCAGGCUCCGGCCAAACGACAACGCGUGGGCGGGGAUCGGGAAGGGAGGGAGAGGGAGGAAGCGGCCAGGUCGGCUAUGCAUCAUCAUCAGAUGCAAGGUGGGACCGCGGGAUUGUCGACCUCGAUGAACCAGCACGGUCUGCAGCAAAAGGGCCUGAGGUCCCGAGCCGUCUCGCCUGCGGCGGAAAAGGUCCCUCCAGAACAGCUCGCAGGGUUGAUAGCGGAAAAGGUGGAAAAGGAGAUGAGGCGGAAACGCGAGAUCGACCGGUUCGCCGAAGAGAUCACCGGCGUGACUUAUCAACCUCUACCGCAGACGGCGCCUUUGCGGUAUUUUCGAUGCCUGCCUGCGACGGAUCGGGUCGGUUCGACUCUUUCUGCUGGGGCUCGUCGUGGGCUGGCUCACGACGGCCAGGGCGAAAGCGACGAGGUCGUCCUGAGCAACGGCAAAAAGUCGACGCCAGAACGGUCCGAGUCUGGAGCUCAGGCCGAAUCGCACCUGCCGGCGAUCGUCGACGUGGAGAGGGAAAAGGAGACGAACAUGCUGCGAGAGGUCGCUCAUCCAGCUCGACCGCCCAACCACCAGAUCUGUUUCCGAUUACGUCGCGGUCGUGGAGGCGUUAUGCGCUUGGAUCGCAAGAUGCCAACCGUGCGUCACAUCGCGCUUUCUCAGUCGAAACCCAUCUCCAGCUCCGGACCCCCUGGGACUAUCGUACCGGAAGACCCGUUCAGGAAGCUCUUUCCGAACAAUCCGCUCGCGAGACGGAGCGUUUUCGAGAGCGAUUCGAGCGACGACGAGGACGAUGAUGAUGAUGGUGAGAACGAACCCAGUCGUUCUGGACCUCGAUGGGAAGCAGAGGAAGAGGAGAGGGCGAGGAUGUUGUCCGAACGGUGGAGGUAUGAUUACGACGGUGGUCUGGUCGGAGUCGGAAUGGGCGUGAAGGACGAAGAUCAGGUCGUUAUCGAUGACUACGAGACGAGGUACAUCAAAGCGCGAGCUUCUCUGGUGAAACAGGAAGACCUCGACCUUAUGAUGCCUUCGCUCUCGGUCAUCGAGAAGGUCCGGGCGCUUAUGGCUAUGCCGGAGGAGAAGCCCGCCCCGAUCAACUUUACCCGAACCGUCCCGCCUCAACUUCCACAACCCGUCCAGGGCAUGCCAAAUGCUCAAGGCAUGCAGGUUCCGUUCCAGCAGCAACAGGCUGAUCUCCAAGCGCAGCUCUACCAGCAUCAGCGCGAGGCGCAACAGCUCUUGCAGCAACACGCUCAGGCCCAGGCGCAAGCACAGGCUCAAGCGCAAGCUAUGGGUCAGGCUGGACAGUUGGGUAACGGCGUUCAGCAAUACACGGCCCAGCAGAUCCAGGCAGCCGCCACAGCUCGACAGAUCCAAGCGGCAGCUCAGACGAACCCGCAACUCGCGGCCGCCCUCGCUGGUCGACAAGCGAUUCAGAUGCCUCAGGUUCGACGGAUUGCUUCCGGCAACGUUGGUCAAAUGGGACCUCCUCAGGGUCCGGGAUCGCCUGUGAAUGGCGUACAGAACUUGCCUCAAGGACAGUUUCCCAACGGUCGCCAAGUGCCAGGAUCGCCUGCCAUCUUGAACGCCAUGAUUGCCGCUCGCGCUCAGCAGAAUGGGCACGGCCAGAUCGCUCAGCCCAUCCAGCAGAACGCCAACUGCAUCAAUCGCCACGCCAGCCGAUGUCUCAACCAGGUGGCGCGACGGUCCCCUUGCCCAAUGGCGGAGGCAAUCUCCCUCCGAAUGUCUCAGCCGAGUAUCAGCAACGGGCGAUCCAGAUGAAGCAGCAACAGUUCUUGCGCCAGCAGCAGGCACAGCAGAACAAUAUGGGUGCAAAUGAUGAUGGCCGCACAGC